GCCCCGCUGAAAUUUCUCUCUUUCUUCCUCUCUUUCUUUCCUAUAUCAGAGACCCGCCAAAAACACCGUUUCUUUACUUAUUCCAUCAUGGAGAAUGCACAAAGCGUCCCGGAGAAGACAAGCUCCAACCACCACAAUCGUCAAGGGGUCAACAAAACCGAUGGCCGUGAUUUCCCCUCCGACGACCACGAUUACCAAUCAGGAUUCGCCAACAGCUUCGAGUCGGAGGCUAUCCCUGGAGCCUUGCCUCAUGGCCAGAAUAGCCCUCUUGUGUGUCCUUAUGGUCUUUACGCCGAGCAGUUCUCUGGGACCUCCUUUACUUCACCUCGCAAGCUUAAUCAACGCAGUUGGCUAUAUCGAAUUAAACCAUCGGUUACCCAUGAACCGUUUAAGCCUCGGAUUCCAAGUAAUGGGAAGCUAGUGAGCGAAUUUGACAAGACAAACAGUUGUGCAACGCCUACUCAGCUGCGGUGGAAGCCUGUGGAUAUCCCCGACUCCCCAACUGAUUUUGUUGAUGGAUUAUACACAGUUUGUGGGGCUGGUAGCUCCUUUCUCCGCCAUGGAUAUGCUAUUCACAUGUACGCAGCUAACAAAUCGAUGGAAAACUGUGCUUUCUGCAAUGCUGAUGGUGACUUCUUGAUAGUUCCCCAGCAAGGAAGGUUAUGGAUCACUACUGAAUGUGGAAAGCUGCAAGUCUCUCCGGGUGAAAUUGUUGUUUUACCUCAAGGAUUCCGUUUUGCUGUAGAUUUUCCGGAUGGUCCAUCACGUGGUUAUGUUGCUGAGAUUUAUGGUACCCAUUUCCAGCUUCCUGAUCUUGGGCCAAUAGGUGCUAAUGGUCUUGCUGCUUCAAGGGAUUUUCUUGUUCCUAAGGCCUGGUUUGAGGAGUGUUCUCGUCCAGGAUACACUAUCAUACAAAAGUUUGGUGGAGAACUAUUUACUGCAAAACAGGAUUUUUCUCCUUUCAAUGUAGUUGCCUGGCAUGGUAAUUAUGUUCCAUAUAAAUAUGAUCUCAAAAAGUUUUGCCCCUAUAAUACUGUGUUGAUUGAUCAUAGUGAUCCAUCAAUAAAUACAGUUCUGACAGCACCAACUGAUAAGCCUGGAGUGGCGUUGAUUGACUUUGUUGUUUUUCCUCCUCGGUGGUUGGUUGCUGAGCAUACUUUCAGACCUCCGUAUUACCAUCGCAAUUGUAUGAGUGAAUUUAUGGGCCUGAUUUAUGGUGGAUAUGAGGCAAAAGCCGAUGGAUUCCUCCCAGGUGGUGCAAGUCUUCAUAGCUGCAUGACUCCACAUGGUCCUGAUACAAAGACAUAUGAGGCUACCAUUGCACAGGGGAAUGAUGCAGGACCGUAUAAAAUCACCAAUACAAUGGCUUUCAUGUUUGAAUCAGCUUUAAUCCCCAGAAUCUGCAAAUGGGCAGUUGAGUCCCCAUCUGUGGAUCAUGAUUAUUACCAGUGUUGGAUUGGACUCAAAUCCCAUUUUUCACAUGGAGCAGAUGCUAACAGCAAUGGCGUAUAAAAUGGACGCCAUGGUCAUGGAACUUGAAUGUAUUGUGGCUCAAAUGUGAUCAUCAAACAGAAAUACUGGGCGUGAGCUUUCCUUCUGCUCAAUUGUUCACUGUGCAGCAUGUAUAUACAGAAAGGAAUAAUUGAAAGGAACAUAAAUUAUAUUGAACUAUAGAAAUUGUUGUUUUUCUGUGUUCUGCA